AUGCCCCCCAAGAGGGGACAACGGCUCAAGCUGGGCAUGCCCCGGUCAGCCGAUAACCAGACUCAGCGCAAGUCGCUUCCAUCCAUGUUGGCUCCUGCCAGCAAUGAAACCAACCACCAUCUCGCAGGUGCUACUCCAAAGCGCGGUAGGGCUCGCAAGUCCAUGGCGGGCCGGGUCGAUGGAGUUGCUACCCCCGAGGAAAAGAAAGAUAGUCCUCACAACCGCAACCUAACCCCUCGUGGCCGCGGUCGUGGUCGUGGCGGACGUGGCCGCGGUCGUGGACGUGGAAUUGGCCGCGGUUCUUCACUUUCCACUCCGGCGGGUUCGGCUCGUCGCGAUGGCCGGCCCACCAGGACCCCUCGGACCAAGGAGGGAUCUGAUGACUGGAAUCUGGCGUCCCAGACUUCACCCGAUCACCCUUUCACGCACGACUACGACGUGGAGUCUCCAUCUAGCGAUGAAGGCUCGCAAUUCUCGACUCCUGAAGUGCCUUCGACACGUCGUCGAGGCUUUCAGUCGCGGCCAUCCCGCUUGUCCAACGUUUUCACUCCGACUCUGGACACGCCCAGCACCAACCAAGGCAGCCGCCGGAGUCGUCGCAGGACUACUCUUAACACUCCAAAGAACCAAAUGUCGGACCAAGAGAUCCCUGACACUAUGGACAAUACUCGGUGGACAUACGAUGAAUACAUGUCUGAAUUUGGGUUUGACGGGGCGAUGGAUCCUUCUGAUCCCCCGGCGUCUCCGAGCGCCUCAUCGGCUAACACACGGACUUCUGUGCGCGUUCGAAAGCCUACCCUCAGAGCCAUGGAAGCUUUGCAAUCCCAGAAGAAACGCCGGCCUCGUCGUGGUCCCACACUCGCCGCCGAGGAAGAAGCCCCUCCCGCGGAGUCGUCUCGCCGUACGAUUUCCGGUCGGGUGACGAAGAACUCUACCAAACCCGAGUACACCCCUACUGCGAAAGGUCCCAAGCGCGGGCGAGGUUUGAAGCUCAAGACGGCUCUCCGGCGCCUUGAAAUUGACACGGCUAUGGCCGGGCAGAAGAUGUAUGAGUUGGUCGCAUUUUCUCUUGGCACAGAGUAUCGUUAUCCCCCUAAUCCACAGCAAUUCCUCGCCGAUAGACGGAAGGAGUUUGAGGAACUCCAGGCAGUGAAGAACAGCGGCAAAGAAGUGGGAGAAGCUGCUCCGGAAGAGAAAGAUGCCGUGAUCGCUGACACGGAAGUCAACAACAACAUCAAUAUCAACAGCCAUGAGCGCACUGUUCUGGGCUUCUCCAAAAAAUCUUCGCCGGAGAUUGAGGCGGACGGAUGGGUAAAUACUGGUCGUGUCAACCCUAACGGCGAAGAAUUCGUUAUCAUGCCUCGCGAUCACAGCCCCUUUCGCUCGCCAUGUGACUAUGGCGACGAGAGUCUGCCAGGCCGUCUGCGGUCUCAGCCGAAGAACCAGUUUGAUACCGAUGAGGUCUUUGGAUACCCCCCUCGUGUGGGCGAUCGCAACAAGCCUGCAGACUUGGAUUCUAAAUUCACGCAAGAGAAUAUCGCGGAGGAGACGUCUAAGAUGAAGACCCGUGGUUCAAACCGCAAGGCCAAGCCACUUGAGUCUGUGGAGAAGAACAAGAUCUCCUCCUCGCGAAAGCGUCGCCACACUGAAGCAGGGAAGGAUGACCACGACCAAUCUACUGCUGCAACUCUUUCUACUACGAAUGGUGUCUCUGCACCGAAGCGGAGGAGACGUCGCCACACUGAGCCAGUUCCCACAGCAACGAAGAAAUCUCCCGCUUCCAAGGCUACCAAGGGCACCGCGGCCAAGAGCAUGGCCAAUGGCACCAAGAGAGCUCCGGCCACUCCGGCCACUCCGGUCACCAGUGAGGAGACCGGCAAGCCCAAGAUCCAGCGUCUCCGUCUGACCCUGAAACCCGCCAGCGACGACAUCUCGUCGACGCCCACUACAAAGGGAAAGAAGCGCGGCGCGGAAGCGAUCGACGGUGAUGCUAAAGAGUCGGUUACUUCACCCAAGCGACAACGCGUCACCUUCAAGGCGGAUCAGACGGCCCUGCCCAAGGGCAACUCUCGUAUCCCGGCCAAGACCCCGACCAAGACCCCGACCAAGACCCCGACCAAGACCAAGAAACAGGGUGCGGGCACUGAGGAGCAAGAGAAACCCCAGGCGGCGACCCCCAAGCCGGGGCCAAAGGGCGCCUCCAAGCGAGGGCCUCCUGGUGCGACGCCUACGCGACAUGGUGGUGGUCGUCCGGCCAAAUGA